CCAAACACAGAUAUAUAGAGCUUGACCAGAGCCAGUCCGAUCUCUGAACAUGGAUAGACAAGGCCAAGCAAAUGGACAAGGGGAAGUUCUCCCUCAAGGAAGAGGAGGAAGAAGAAGAAGAAGAAGAGGAGGACUGAGAAUGCGUAGUGGAGGAAUAGGGGGAAGAGGCCGAGGUGCACGAAGACCAGGGCCACAAUUAUAGACCAUGUCAUAAACCAUGGCCUCACAAUGGCAGAGGCAGGUCGUCGAGUGCAGCCUAAUGUGCCUUGCUCUACAGUCUCCUCCAUCAUCCAAACCUUUCGCAGGGAAAACAGGAUUGGACGACAACCUCGCGUGGGUGGCAGAGGAAAACUGCUCAAUGAACAACAGGAAAGAGAGAUUUGUAACAUGGUGAUGGCAAAUAAUGCCAUCACAUUGAGACAGAUCUGUGAUGCCAUCCUUCAGGACAAUCAUAUAUUCCAGAAUAUAAACACAAUAAGCAUCUCCACAAUAGACCAGGUUUGGAAGAAGCAUCAGAUGACAAUGAACAAAUCUACAGGGUACCAUUUGAGAGGAACUCUGACAGAGUGAAGGAGCUGCGCUACCAGUAUGUAAAUGUUUUACUGUAACAUCUCAGUGAGUCAUCAGUAUUUCCCACUCCCCUUUCUAUCAAAUACCCCUGCAGUACUUCCUCAUAGGCCUAUCACUGGUUUAGAACCACUGGAGUAGUGGCCUGUAGUAUAUUGAACCUGUGGGGGAGAACAUGUAAUUGUCUAACUGUAGUAUAUGACUCUUCUGUAUGACUGAUUUUAUGUUCUUUACUCUAUUUUAGAGAAUAAUGGCAUUGGAAGGACAUGAGACCCCUCACAUCCUGGUGUUCGUGGAUGAAGCUGGCUUCAACCUGGCCAAGGGCCGAAGACGUGGCCGUAAUAUUAUUGGCCACCGGGCCACAGUGGAUGUCCCAGGUCAGCGAGGGGGCAAUAUAACUAUGUGUGCUACCAUUUCUGAAAAUGGUGUGGCCACUCACAUCCCCAGUCUUGGCCCAUACAACACACACAAGCUCCUCAUCUUCUUGGAUCGCCUUCAUACCGAUUUUAUCCCUGAACAUGUGAGAGGUCUCAUAGGGCCUCACCUACCCAUUUAUGUAAUUGUGUGGGACAAUGUCAAUUUCCACCAUAGCCCACUCAUUAGGGGCUGGUUUGCAACGCAUCCAAGGAUGGUCAUGGGGUUCCUACCACCUUACUCUCCUUUCCUCAAUCCGAUAGAGGAGUUUUUCUCUGCUUGGAGGUGGAGAGUAUAUGAGCAUCAUGCUCAGGAUCAGCCGUCCCUGCUCCAUGCUAUGGACGCAGCGUGUGACGACAUUACAGGAGAUCAAUGCAGGGGAUGGUUGCGGCAUGCACGCCGUUUUUGCCCUCGUUGCAUCGCAAGAGAAAGUAUCCGCUGUGAUGUGGAUGAGAAUCUGUGGCCAGACGGACAACAGCGUGUAAAUAAUCAGGAGGGUGACGACAGUGGACAAGAGCGGGAGAAUGAGUACAGCGACCACUGAAUAAGUCCUUGUUUUUUGAUUUUGUGUUCAUACAAUUUACUACUGUAAUGUACAUUUUCUUUUACAUAUGUAUGAAACUUUCUUUGCGUGUGAAUAUAAAAUGGUUAUAAUUUCCUUGGUAGUGUGAGUGCAAUCUGUGAUGUCAAACCUUGGAGGCUACUCUUUUCUGUUGUAUAUUGU